GAGGAAUCGCACUCCAUCAUGGCUGCUCAAACCGUUCCUGGGUUACCAACGUUAAUUGUCAAUGAUAUUAUUGCGAAUUGGAAAAUAGAGGAAAAGCUUGGAGAAGGUGGAUUUGGAGCUGUCUAUAAGGUUAGCGACACAACGUCACCUAAACAUCCGAUUUACGCACUCAAAACAGAAAGAGUCAAUGCACCUACAAAAGUGCUGAAAAUGGAAGUUGUAGUACUACGCUUCAGUGCAUUGAAGAAGGCUCGAGCAACUCAUUGCUGUGACAUACUGGACUCUGGUCGUGCUCUCGGAUUCAAUUUCAUUAUAAUGACCUUAGUUGGUACAUCACUUAUGGAAUUGCGGAAAACUAAUAAGAUAAAAGAGAAAGCGUUUUCGAUGGGAUGUGCAAUAUCCGUUGGAAUACAGUGCUUAGAAGCAGUUCAAGAGCUGCACAAUGUUGGAUACUUGCAUAGAGAUUUAAAGCCUGCAAAUUUUUGCAUAUGUGUAGAUAAUGUGCGAAAGAUAUAUCUUCUGGAUUUCGGAAUGUGUCGACGUUACAUAGAUAGCGAGAAUGCUGUUAGAAGACCACGUUGGGCAUCAGGCUUUCGAGGAACACAGCGUUACGCAGCUAUAAGUUGUCACAUAUCAAGAGAGAUGGCCCGAAAGGACGAUCUAGAAAGCUGGCUUUAUCAGCAGAUAGAAUUGACGUCGGGAGAAUUGCCUUGGAAAAACUUAGAAGACACUGUUGCAAUAUGCAAUGCUAAGGAAAAAUCGCGUACAAGUGGCUUGAAAGAGUUGUUUGCUGGCUGUCCAAAGGAAUACAUACAUAUAAUGUUUUACAUAGAUUCCCUAAGAUAUUAUGACAAACCCAACUAUGCAGUUAUACGCGGUCUUCUUCGUGAUGCUCUGGAUUCCAACGCACUUUCUGAGUAUCCUUACGACUGGGAGCCAGCUGCCGCAUCAAAAGCAAAGACGCCAGACAAACCUCCAGCUGAGCAAAAUGCGAAGCCUCAGUGA